GAAUGGCUUCCGCAGAAGCAGAUCUUCAGUUUUAGCGUAGUCAUUUGACACAAUGAUUGAAUAAUUUGUCUCUAGUAGGAAGCCGCUGUGGCUCAAGAGUUGAGUCACUGGCAGCAAACGAGUUAAACUACGUUCGGAGUUAUUAUAAAUUAUCUCCGAUCUGUAGCGUAGUGAAAUAAAAAUGCAGUGCAGUGAAAUUAAUCUGCGUGUAAAUGCUCUAAUUUCGUCAAUUUCGAUGCAAAAAGUCACGAAUCAUAUUGUGUAACGUCUCACAUUCAGAUAAAUCAAAAGAUACUUUUUGCAGUGGUUCGGAAAGAUUUUUUAUACAUUCGGCUAUCAACAACGAAAAUAAUCGAAUCUAUCAAUAUUGAAGAAACAAUAUUUGAAGAAUCAAUUGCAUAUAUCAGCUAAAUAAUUUAAGUACGUUCUGAGCGAACUUUACGAAUUAUUAGUGAGGUAUUUAUUGUUAAUCGUAUUUGUCUGUCACCGUACGUCACUGCAACACUGUUGAGUUCCUCGGCUGUACGAAACCUUUUACUGCUUGCAUCAUCUAAAAAAUUUAAUAUCAGCGCGUAUGUGCCGCGUGGAUUGAUUGUAGUCUCUCUGUUAUUAUCAAGUUUUCAAAUUUACCAGUAUAAACCAACAGUAAAUCAAACAUUUAUAAAAAUCAAACUAAUGGCAACAAAAUUUAACAAUACAAAGUCUAACAACAGUACAAUGUGAAGUUAAAUCGGAACACAAGCAAAUCGUGUGUACGAAGUUGUUGUUCAGGUGAAAGACAGAUGGUAGGUAUUGUUCCCAUUUUAUAGUUUUGGUUAUAUUGAUACGUGAUCGUGAAGUAAGCCGCAUAGAAGUUCACGACAUGUAUCGUCAAUGUUAAAUUCAUAAAUUUACAUCUCGUACCUCCGUCAUUUUCGUUUUCCAAAAUUCUAGCUGUAGAUUCUUCAAACUUGUAAAUUGAUAGAGUAAAGAAAAAAAUUCUUUCCGAUGGUUGGAUAAAUUAGAUAAAAGUGCCGGGUUAUCUGGUAACAAUAACAAAUAAAAAAUAGUGCAAGAUGAAUUUCAAUGUGCAGCAAAAAUCGAUGCACUUCGAUGACUCGGGCAACGAGGGUCAGGGCGGAAGGAAACGACGGCGUGGAAAGCGGAAACGAAGGCCGAAGCAAAACUUGGCCGUGACGUUUACUUCGAGCAAAGAUCCGUACGCGCAGCCAAUAAGAUGGUGGGAACAGGAGCCGAUAAAAUACGCCUUCAGCUAUCCUCUCGUGAGAUCAAGACUGGAGAUGCUGAUGGGAACGAACGUUGUGCGAUUGACGGACAGAAGGUACAUGCAGAAGUUGAUAACCAGGAUUCGCCAAGACUACGAAGCGUCGCAGCAGGAGCGAGUCGCAAAGCGAGUCACGAACGAACUGAUGAGGACCAAGAAGAUGAUACUGGAACGACUUAUUCCCGUCCAAGAGGCGCCUGAGGAAUUGCGGAGGUACCCGCUAUUCCAGCUAUAUCUCUACUGCGAUGCGAUAAUUGAGGAGAAACAGAGAAAGCGAAUGCCGAAGAAAGUUCACGUCACUGAUUCUCUCUACCAAAUGCUUUAUCCGGAAAAUUCUGGCGAGAAAGUGGAGGAGGAAGCUGAAGACAACGAAGUCUACAUGAAAACCGAGGUGGUCAACGGGGCUCAAAAACUGGUGCCCAUGACAACCGAAGAGAUAGCUGUGAUCAUGACCGAGCAGGAGAAGGAGAAAGACAUUGAAAACGGCUAUCUGCUGACUCAAGAAGAUUACGAUCGACUGUACUUUGAAACGGAGGCAAUCAAGGAGCUCAGAGAGAUGCAGAGCGUCGAAGAGAUGUACACGAAGGCCCAAGAGAUCGUCGGCAUCCUUUACUCCUACGCCGACGAAGGUCGAUACCAGAAGGCAGCUCUGGAGAAGCAGCAGAGAGAAGCCGAGUUCGAGGCUGCGUCAGAAUUUGCAAAGACGGUUUCCUCGGCGGAUGACGGGACCGCUGUCGCAUCCGGCGGAGCCCCGCAGAGACCGGAAAAACCCGGCGUAGAUCCCGGGGCGGCUGUUUCAACUGCGGAAUAAAUUUAUGUACUCCGUUCCCUGACCAAUCGACGGAGUAGUAUAAUUAAAGAGAUGCUGCGGGCAGGUUGCAGCUGGUGAACCAGAGUCGGUAUGAAAUUGGCUCUGGAAACUUUUUACGUCCUCUCAUCCUCGCGUCUCAGCCUCGAGUCAUCCCGUUCUUCGAGAGUAAUCCAAUCUCUUAUUCUCGGCCGAAGGUGUGUUUGCGGCAGUAUUUCUUUCAAUCGGCCGUUCGUUUAUUCCUUUUUGAGAAUUCCCUGAUUGCGUGUGGGCAAAGUCUCUAAUUUUAUCGACACUCGCAAGCAAUCGUAUGCUUGAGCGAAGGCCGGGAUGUUGUCUUCUCCGUUCUUCUUUCAGUUUUCUUUGAAA